AUGUCAAGUACAAAUAAUUCGAAUAGUAUUCCAUUGAAUACAACAACAGAAAAUGAAUUAGAUGAUCUUGUAUCACAACUUCGUAAAAAAAUUAAUCAAAGUGAUUGGCUUACACAUAAUACUUCAGCUAAAUGGGAACAAGAAAAUCCUGAAUUAGCUAAACAAUGGCGUGAAGCUAUAAAAAUUCAACCAACAAAUAACUCUACUGAACAAUAA